AAAUACAAAACCAAUCAUGUUAAAGACAGUCGAAAGCUCUUCGUAUAUAAGUUAAUUACUAUUCCAUUCUUUCUGAAAAAAUAUAUGGAAAAAUAGUUUUAAUGAUUCGAGGACUCCUCAGAUUUGCCAAAGCGGUGUGUUUGAGUAUGUUUGUUCUGAGCAGGUUGGUCUUGCUGUCGAAUGAUUUAGCAUAGAAGGUGAUGGUGGACGAUGUGGAUAGUUCUAAUACAAAUUUGUCGCUCGUAGAAGAACAUUCUUCAACACAAAUAAGAUCAAGUUUAAGUUGUGAUAGCCCGCAAAACAAACCUAAUAAUAAGACCUGGAGCAGUUCACUAAAGUGUUCUGUUUCGUGUACUUCUUUAUUACCGGUUUUCAGCAUACCUUCAGAAAAGAGUCCUUCUUCGUAUGUCUACCGCACAGAUGGUGCUGAACGUGGACUGUGUGUUGUUUUUUCAGUUGAUAAAUUUGAUCCGAUACUUUGUUUGCCACCAAGAAAUGGUUCUUUGGUUGAUAUACAAAAUAUUAAGAGAGCUUUUACGAGCCUCGACUUUAGGGUCAUAGUGCAUUCAAAUCCGACAUCCGAAAGUUUAUUUUCUUUAAUCCGAACAAUCUCAACACAAAAUCUACGCGACCAUGAUUGUUUCGCUUGUGUAAUUCUUUCUCAUGGUGAUGAGGGUGGAUUAAUAUACGCAACAGAUGGUUCUAUUCCCGUGGAUCGUAUCAUCGCUCCAUUUCGUGGAGAUCAAUGUUUGGAUUUAAGAGGCAAGCCAAAACUAUUCUUUAUCCAAGCAUGCCGUGGAAUGGCACUUGAUGACGGCGUAUUUGUUUGUGAUGGACCUUUAUCUAAUAGUAAAUCUGCGGAUGCUGCGACAACAACAAGACGGAUUCCAGUUGAGGCAGAUCUUUUCAUCGCCUAUUCAGUCCAACCAGGUUAUUACGCUUUUCGUAACUCCGUCAACGGUUCUUGGUUCAUACGAGCCUUAUCUGAUGUCUUGCUUCGGUAUGGAAAUACUUUAGAUUUGUUGAGUAUCAUGACACGUGUGAACUAUGAGGUUGCUUUUGAAUACGAGUCAACUGCAGCCAAUCCCUCAUUCUGCGGUAAGAAGCAAAUGCCAUCGUUUGUGUCUACUUUGACGAAGCACGUCAUCUUUCCACCAAAAAAACAUCGAAAUACUUCGAAACUGCUGUAAAGUUUUUAAUUCAAAGCAACUAACUAAUGGAUAUAUUCAUUAAAAUUUUUCAGAUUCGAAACAAGAAAAUAACGUGAUAUAAUUUUCUUACGAUAAAGUUCAGAGAAACAAUUCUCUACACUUUAAAUGAUAUUUUCUCUAAAUUCCAUAUCCCUUGUGAAGUACAUGUUGAAAAUGAUAGCUAUCUAAUUUUUUGAACAAUCUGUUACAUGAUCUUCAAUUUAUUUUGAGAUAACGAUUUAUUUAAGCCUUCUAUUUGACGACCUAAAUAUCCUACUGAAUAGCUAAAAAGUAUAUUUUAGUGACGUGUUUAAAUCCAUAAGAAACCUUCGAUACUGACAGUCUUAGCGUAGGAUAUAUAAAAUGGUCGAAAUAAUGUCGAGUAAAAAAAUUAGUGUUAUACUCAGAUGCUACUUUCUGUCUUUUUUUCUGACGAAUUUACUUUCCCAAACUAGAAUAUUCACCAUUUAUAUUGCAGUUAUUUCGAUUGUUACUUUUUAGACUGCUCUGUUUUUGUUCCUCGAUAUUCUUCACUGGAGUAUAUUCAUCAGUCCUAUUUGUGUGAUUCAUGUGCUUUAUUUACGUCAAACUAGUUUGGUAACGUUCGAUAUUUUAGAGCCUCCUUUCCAGAGUCGCAGGAUGAGCCUUGUUCGCUUGAAGUUUAAAACAAAUUCUGAAAUCUUCGUGGUGACAGAUCCUUCGUAGGCAGCGUACUAUAAAGUAAUGCAAAUGAUUUUCACCCUGACUUGAGAUAAACAGAAAGCGCUGGUUGUCUGCUUCGCCUUAGUGCUGAAUUCGCUCUUCGUUGACGUUUACAUAUUCCCUAACUUUAUUGCGUUUCUUAUUAAAUUCAGACUGGACCUCUGAUAAACACAAGUGAAACAACCACUAGGGUCAAUAUGAAUAGACUAUGUCUAGAGUUGAUCAUUACACAAUUCCUGGUGCUCAUGGUAUCUACAUUUAUCUGAUUUCCAGAUAUUUGAAACAAUGCUGUUCGAAAAAUGGACAGAAUUGUCGGUAAGUCGUCGUGUGCACAAAAGUCUAAAGGAAUGUAAUUGGCCCGCAAAACUGACGUUUGAAUUAGCGAACCAAUCCAGCUCUUCCAAUGUUUGAGAACAUUUUCAUCAUGAAUAGUGGAUAAUGAUACGGAUAUUUAGGAUCUACUCGGCUUCAUUUUUGUUGGUUUCAAUAAACCCAAGGUGUGAAACCAGUCGUCAG